AUGACGUGUUGCCACUCAAUUCCUCCUCAGCUUCCAAGAAGCUUCCUCAGCUUCCAAGAAGCUUCCUCAGCUUUCAAGAAGCUUCCUCAGCUUCCAAGAAGCCUCCUCAGCUUCCAAGAAGCCUCCUCAGCUUCCAAGAAGCUUCCUCAGCUUCCAAGAAACUUCCUCAGCUUCCAAGAAGCUUCCUCAGCUUCCAAGAAGCUUCCUCAGCUUCCAAGAAGUCUCCUCAGCUUCCAAGAAGCCUCCUCAGCUUCCAAGAAGCUUCCUCAGCUUCCAAGAAACUUCCUCAGCUUCCAAGAAGCCUCCUCAGCUUCCAAGAAGCUUCCUCAGCUUCCAAGAAGCCUCCUCAGCUUCCAAGAAGCCUCCUCAGCUUCCAAGAAGCUUCCUCAGCUUCCAAGAAACUUCCUCAGCUUCCAAGAAGCCUCCUCAGCUUCCAAGAAGCCUCCUCAGCUUCCAAGAAGCUUCCUCAGCUUCCAAGAAGCCUCCUCAGCUUCCAAGAAGCCUCCUCAGCUUCCAAGAAGCUUCCUCAGCUUCCAAGAAGCUGAGAAGAAGGAAAUCUGA